AUGGCUGACCGCAGCUUGGCGGUCAGGGCGGUGGCGGCGACGUUUGUAUCGAUUGCUUUCGUCGCGGUUUGUCUUCGGGUAUACUGCCGAUCGAGAGUGGUCAAGAGUUUUGGAUGGGAUGAUGGUCUUAUGGUGGUGGCCAUGCUCUUUUAUAUCAUGUACUCCGGAAGCAUGAUUGGCGGAAGCCUUUAUGGCACCGGGAAGCGAUUCGAAGAUAUAACCCCGAGUAACGCUCUCAUGGCGAUGAGAUACUGGUGGCUUUGCGAGAUUGGGUACUGCUUCUCUUCCGUCUUCUGCAAAGCCUCCGUCUGCGUCUUCCUGCUCCGAAUUACCGUUCGCCGCGUGCACAACUGGAUCCUUUACCUUGUCAUGUUCUUCACCGUGGCAACAGGGCUAUUGUUUAUGUUCCUGAUGCUUCUGCAAUGCCGGCCUCUUUCAUUCUUCUGGACCAGAGUCGGCCCCAAUCCUCCAACAGAUGGCUCAUGUAUAACCAUGGACGGAAUUAUCGCAAUGACCUAUGUUUAUAGUGUUUUCGCCGCCAUCUGCGACUUGACAGCUGGUAUUCUUCCCAUCUUCUUGGUUUGGAACUUGAACAUGGAUUUCAACCUGAAGGUUGCCGUAGUCGGCAUCCUCGGCCUUGCUUGCAUGUCAGUCUCUUUUGGGCCCACAGAACUUCGUUUUGUCUCUCUAAUAUGUCUGGAUUGGUUUCUAGUGCAAGUGCUGCAGUGA